CCAUCCAAUAAAACAAGGGGUGGUGAUCAUUUUAACAUAAAAGGUUGCCAACUGAUUUGCUAGAAAGAUAGAAAGUAGAACUUAAAAUGGCAUCAACUGCAACUUCUCUCCUCAGGCCUUCAUCACUUGUUAGCAAGUCUAGUUGGAUUGAGGGCCAGAGCCUUCGACACCCUUCUGUUUCUCUUGUCAGGUGCACCCCUGCUGCUGCUCCUGCACUCGCCAUCCGUGCCGGUGCUUAUGAUGAUGAGCUCAUCAAAACCGCGAAAACUGUGGCAUCGCCGGGCAGAGGAAUCUUGGCCAUGGAUGAGUCGAAUGCUACAUGUGGCAAGCGUUUGGCUUCAGUUGGCCUAGAGAACACUGAGGCUAACCGCCAGACUUACCGGACGAUGCUCCUCUCCCCCCCGGGGCUCGGAAACUACAUCUCUGGAGCUAUCCUCUUUGAGGAGACACUCUACCAAUCAACACUUGAUGGGAAGAAGAUAGUUGAUCUUCUUAUUGAGCAGGGAAUUGUUCCCGGGAUCAAAACUGACAAGGGUUUAUCACCCCUCGCUAGCUUCAAUGAUGAGUCCUGGUGCCAAGGUCUUGACGGCCUUGCCUCGCGCUCUGCAGCUUACUACCAACAGGGUGCCCGCUUUGCCAAAUGGCGUACUGUAGUGAGCAUUCCCAAUGGUCCUUCUGCACUUGCUGUGAAGGAAGCGGCAUGGGGUCUUGCUCGCUAUGCAGCCAUUUCUCAGGAGAAUGGGCUAGUCCCGAUUGUGGAGCCUGAAGUCGCACUUGAUGGUGAUCAUGGAAUCGACAGUUCUUAUGAAGUUGCCUACAAGGUGUGGUCUGAGGUCUUUUUCUACCUUGCCCAGAACAAUGUUUUGUUUGAAGGUAUCCUCCUCAAGCCAAGCAUGGUUACUCCCGGAUCACAGUGCAAGGAACGGGCAACACCCGAGCAGGUUGCUGAUUACACCCUCAAGCUUCUCAGACGGACAGUUCCCCCGGCAGUCCCUGGAAUCCAUUUCAUGUCUGGGGGUCUAUCUGAACUGGAAGCUACCCAGAACUUGAACGCGAUGAAUCAAUCUCCCAAUCCGUGGCAUGUGUCAUUCUCUUAUGCAAGAGCUCUUCAAAACAUUUGCCUGAAGACAUGGGGAGGAAGACCCGAGAACGUCAAAGCUGCUCAAGAUGCUUUGCUUCUUCGAGCAAGUGCAAAUUCUGCUGCUCAGCUAGGUAAGUACACUGGAGAGGAGGCCAAGAAAGAAACGCUUGUCAAGUGAUAUGCUUACAGAGUCGCAGUCUAAGCAGAAGCUACAGAUCUGGAUGCCAUAACAAACUGCACAACGCUUAUAGCCAUAGGAAGCUACUUCUGUAAUCAAUAUAUUGAGUUGUUCAACAACAGCUUUCGGAUGACAAUUGUUUCAAUCUGUUAAUCAAUUUCUGGAAUAGCAA